CGCAUCAACACAAGGCGAGUCUCGGGCAGGCUGCGUGACGUCACUCCUUCAUCACACCGCCACCAUGUCGAAGAGAGGACGUGGAGCCUCGUCAGGAGGGAAGUUUAGAAUCUCCCUCGGCUUGCCGGUGGGAGCCGUCAUGAGCUGCGCUGACAACACGGGGGCCAAGAACCUGUACAUCAUCGCAGUGCAGGGCAUUAAGGGCCGCCUUAACCGUCUGCCGGCCGCCGCUGUGGGAGACAUUGUGGCCGCGACUGUCAAGAAGGGAAAGCCUGAACUGAGGAAGAAGGUGCACCCUGCCGUGGUCGUGCGCCAGAGGAAGCCGUACCGCAGGAAGGACGGCGUCUUCAUCUACUUCGAGGACAACGCGGGAGUCAUCGUAAACAACAAGGGCGAGAUGAAAGGGUCGGCCAUUACAGGACCCGUGGCCAAGGAGUGUGCUGAUCUCUGGCCCAGGAUCGCCUCCAAUGCUGGAUCCAUCGCCUAAGUAGAAGAAUAAAAAAAAAAAAGUUCUCUGUUGUUUCUUAUCUCCUUGUGGCUGCUAG